CUCAAGUCUAUUGAUCUAUCAAUACAACAUUCGCCGCCGUCUAUCCCACCCUUCUGACUACCUACAUACAGUGCCCGCGGGUGCGCCUGCCGCCCUGUACCCGCUACGUAUGCGCUAUCCCGUCGGACAAUCGCUUACCUUUGUCUGCAGAUAGCCGCUCCCUGAAUCGAUCCUGGGACGCCUCUAUCGCUAGCAUACACGGCUGCACCCGCAGAGGCGUCCGGGACGUCUGCAUCGGAGCUACCGCCCGUCGUAUGCGUCCGAGCACCUACCUUACCGGAUACUGACCCGCUCUAUGCGACCACCUGCCCAGCGCAGCCCCCGCAGUCGUCUCUCAAACGGCGCGAGCCUGUGAAUAGGUGCGUCAGCGCGAACAUGGCGCAGGACGCGACGGGAAUACUCACCUCGUUUGCAGUGCAACUACCACAGCGGCGACGACUUCCAGAGACAAGACGUCGCACCACGCCAUUGACGAAUUGCGGGCGACCCUGCAACGUCGUCAGCGGCGAGGCAGCGGCACACCGCGCACUGCGCCUCUGCAGUCGCUCCAGACGAGGAUGGGCACGGGACGAUGGGCCUGCGACCUCGUCGACAGCGCCCACCACCACAGGACCGCACCGCGUCCGCGGCGUGCGUCGCAGGAGACGAAGACGAGAGGAGGAUGAGAGGAGGACGAGAGGAAGAGGGGAGACAGGGCGUGCAGAUCGACCCGGGGCCUCACGCACCCUAAGUACCCCUCCGCCCGCGCACGGACCUCCUCCGAAGCGAGACGCGACUCUUGGCCGGACGUCCGUGCUGGCACGAUGCCCGGACACGACCCACACAACACCGCGGCGCCUCCGGAUCAUCCGCAUUCGCGUGUUUCGGACGGACGCGGCGCAUACGCACGGCCGCCGCGCGCGCACCCUCGCAUAGCCAUCCGAUCGGUGGGUGCCUGCUCGCUCGCAUCUCGCCGCUCUGGGGCCGCUAUUUCGCGAAAAUACGAAAAUACGACAUUCCGCGCGCAGAACGGGUGUGCGACUCCGUGCGUGCGAUGGCGGCAUCGUUCGAACACUCUGCGCCGGCCCUGCGAUUGUGGAGGGCAGCGGACGAGGUUCG